AUGUCAGGGGCGAAAGUGGACCUUUCCGGCGGAGCGCAAUCCUCCUCGGCUCCGAGUGGCUUCGGUGCAGGCGGCCCUGGCCCUGCAGCCUCAAGCGGCUAUGGAGGAGGCGGCGGCUUCGCACAGCAGGCGGCAGAAGCUGCGUUGCAGGAUCCCACGGUGCAGCAGCAGCUUAAGGAAGCGGCGUACACCAAAGCUCAGGAGGGUCUCGAAGCCGCGCGGGUAGCGGGUGCCAUGGCGGCGGAGGAGCUCGGUAAGUACAUCGAGGAGGGCCCGGCCGGAAUCUCCGUGCUCUGCUUCCUAGGUGGGCUAGCGACCACCAUCAUCGGUAUCUUGGGCCUGCUGAACUUCGGCUAUGGCCUGACCUCUCCUUUUGCCUAUGUCCUGAACGCUUACCUGGUGGCUUUUGGAAUUGUUACAUUCCUGCUGGAGGCCGACGUAGAGAGCAUGCGGAAGCUCAAGUUCAUUGGUCGGUUCUCCCCAUGGGUGGAAGGAUACCAGAUGGAAGUGUUCAACCGUGCGAACUUCCUGACAGAGCUUCGAGGGCGAGGUUUCUUCUACCUGUUCAUCGGUACACUCGCCGUGACACAGUGCUUUGUCUGCCUGACCUUCGUGGCCGGCCUCUGGAACAUGCUGAUGGGCAUCCUUUGCCUGCUGAUGAGCUUCGGGAUCAACCCCGCAUCGCAUCUUCAAGGAGCCCAAGCACCGCUGACGGCAGGGCCGUAG